GCGGCCAGCUGCUCUCCGGCUGGCACCGCAACGCCGGGCUCGAUGCGCCAGGGUGGCGGGGCUGCCAAGCAGCGCGGCGAGGUGGGCGGGGACAACCCGUUCCGGCGCAAGUGGAACCCGCGCAUCGCGGCGGAGAGGCGGCGGGAGCAGGAGGAGCAGGAGAGAGAGGCCGCGAGGCGGCGCAGGGAGGGGACGGAGUCCGGCCGCGGCCCGCCGCGGCAGGGCCCCGAGGAGGACGCGCCCCUCGGCGAAGACCUGCCCGCGGCGGGGCCGUGGGUGCUGCCGUGCGAGGAGCCGGAG